AUGCAAGACGAGAGAAGAGGGGCUGCGGGCAACAUGGCCGCUACUGCGGCCGGUGUGGGCCGGCUAGAGGAAGAGGCGUUGCGGCGAAAGGAACGGCUGAAGGCCCUACGGGAGAAAACCGGGCGCAAGGAUAAGGAAGAUGGGGAGCCAAAGACCAAGCAGUUUAGAGAUGGCGAGGAGGACGGUGAGAAGCACAGGGAACUCAGGCUGCGGAACUACAUCCCCGAGGAUGAGGACCUGAAGAAGAGGAGGGUGCCCCAGGCCAAACCAGUCGCAGUGGAAGAGAAGGUGAAGGAGCAGCUAGAGGCCGCCAAGCCGGAGCCAGUCAUUGAGGAAGUGGACCUGGCCAACCUCGCACCCCGGAAGCCUGAUUGGGACCUCAAGAGAGAUGUAGCCAAGAAGCUGGAAAAGCUAGAAAAGCGGACCCAGAGGGCCAUCGCCGAGCUGAUCCGUGAGAGGCUGAAAGGCCAGGAGGACAGCCUGGCCUCUGCAGUAGAUGCCACCACCGGACAAGAGGCCUGCGAUUCGGAUUGAGGCCUGUCCUGUCCCCUCACCCACCAGCCAUCAGGCCUGGUCUGUAGGAGGAUGGUCUUGGACAAGAGUGGCGGCUGGGCUUGCCAUCCCCUCCAGUUUGGCUUCAGAGCAGUGACUCCCUGCCCCCACCAGUCUGAACCACCCUCCCUGAGGUCAGCUCCUAGUCUCCUGAGUGCUCCCACCACCCUGAGGGUGGGGCAGAGCCAGUAGCAACUCUGGGGGCUUGCCGUGUCUGUACAUAUGUGUGUAUUUUGGACUUCUUUUUUAAAAAUCUUUGAAAAUAGAAACAAGCAGACUCCUGUGUGUCGCAGAAAUUUAUCAAAUAUUUCCUGGGUCCAUGGGGCGCUGUCGGUUUGGGCCCCAAGACAGGGUGCCUGUAGAGGUCAUGCUUAACAUGAGUCCGGCCUGGGUUGGGCUCAGCAUGUUGAGGCUGGAGGGGUGGGGAGGACCCAGGUCCAGGCCCAGCCCUUGGUCAGCGGCGGUCCUCUCUGUCGUGAGUGACAGCCAGGCUCUGAGGCGGUUCUCUUAAGACCUGCCACAGGCCUUGUAGUUUUCUGUGGGACAGCGCCCAUCCUGGUCCUCUGUGGGCCCCUCACAGUGAGAGAGAAGUCUCUGUGAAGGGGUGAGCUGUGCCCCAACAAACCUCAGCUCAGGCCGCUCCAGGCUCAAGGGCCCGGGCACUGUUCUUUCUCACUCUGCCAAGCUCCAAGCAGCCCCUCUUCCCCCGUCACCGGUCAGGGCUAGACUCUGGCUUCCCUGGGACAGGGCCCCGCUGUGGAGCACAGUGGCCCAUUCUGCGAGUGACCAGGGUAGUGUAGGCUGGAUUUCGGGUGGUCUUGGGCCCUGGACCCCCAUGGUCCUGAGCUUCCUCUGUAGAAUUGACUCUCCAGAGGCUGACCGCCACUCUGCCUCCAGGUACCUGUGUUUAUCUCUAGAGUGAUAACACUCAGGUUUCCGUCAGGGUCUCCCUGUGAGCCGCCCUCCUCUGCCCGGAUCAUCCCAGUGUAUUCUUCCCUCUGUGCUGAGUUCCAGGAUACAGUGACCUGGCUUUGAGGGACGGUGUUGAGGACUCGGGCCAUUGAAGUGAACUGAGUGUGUACACGCAGAGACCAGCACACACGCAGUAAAUUCAAUACUUUGAGUUAAAUUAGGCAGCUACUCUAAGAAGGUAAUCCUGUGUAGUAAAUGAGCAGAAACUUGCAUCUGUGAGUGAGGGCUGAAGUGGUGGGUGGCUGGCUGCUGCGGUGAGCGGUGGGACAAGGCCAGGACUCUGAUGACCACAAGGGACAGGGGUCAGGACUGGAGCCAGGUUCCCUCUGCAUAGCCAGGGUCUGGAACUGGGCUGCCUUUUCUAGGAAUAAAAGAUGAAAAGACGCCCCCACUUCCUGGGCAUGCUGUUGGAAGCAGGAUGCUUGUCUGUGGCAGUGUGGGACGCAGACCACCUGGUGGUUGGCACCUGGGCUCCUGCUCAGCACCAGUGCUGGGACUAGAAUAAGGAUACCCCCACAGUAUGAGAGCCCAGAGAGCUGGUGGGUGUUUUGCUUCUGCAUGUACAGCUGUGUGUCCCAUAGCAAAACUGCCCUGCGGGGAGAGAAAAA